AUGGCGAAGAAAAAGAAAGGUAGUGCUUCUCCAGCAUCUAAGAGGGCUGGGUCUUCAGAUACUCAAGGUAAAUCGCACCAAUCUCCUGCGGCUUCCCCUGUUUCAAAAUCAGAUCCACCUCCUUCCUCUCCCUUGGUUGAAUCAGGGGUCCCGGAACCCACAUCUCUCCCAGUUCAGCGAGAUUCGUCAUUACUCAGCCAACCUGUCACAAACUCAGAGGCACCGCCACCUGCUGCUCCAAUCUCGGCUCUAGCGGACAAGGCUGUCCACACCCAAGGUUUUUCGGCCGAGGACUUCCCUCCUCUACCUCGGGCUCCCUCUCGGGCCACGGGAUCUACUACUCCAUCGCCAGUUCCAGCUUCUCAGGCACCACCUCAGACUUAUCCCUGGGCACAACGACUGAAAGCUUCCUCUCGGAACCUCAGCAGACUCGCAACCCCACAGAUCUCGGAGAAAGGCACUCCAAGGAUUCGAGUCCCUAGCUCUGUUCUGCUAGAAGCCUCACGCAACUGGACCGGUUACCUCGUCGGAAAUUUUUUAGGAAUAGCGCCUUCAGGAUCGAAACUAUUGCAAAUAUUAAACCCAAUCUGGGGAAGACGUUCAAAAAUUCAUGUCCGUAGGAUUAACAACUCCUCGUGCCUGUUCCACAUCCCCGGCCUAGCCACAAAAGAAUGGGUCUUGGAGGUGGGUCUUUGGAGGGCGAUGGAUGUAAUGUUCUCAGUCGUGGAAUGGUCAGCGAUAGCCACAUUCCGGACCAUUACCCUGACGUCCGCUCCGAUAUGGGUGAACCUAACGAAUAUUCCAGCAGAACUAUAUUCAUUGAAAGGAAUCAGUUACAUAGCUUCGGGCAUCGGCGAGCCUCUCCACACGGACAAGAUGCGAUUAGAUCCGUUGAGUGUUGGUGAGGCAAAGGUCAAAGUGGAAGUUCAGUUGGAUGCUACUCUGCCUCAAGCUAUAGAAAUUGAGGAUGAACAAGGCUCUGUAAUCACGGUUAAUGCCGCUUAUCCUUGGAUCCUCCCAAAAUGCAUCAACUGCGGGGAAUUUGGUCACAAGCUCCAAAGCUGCCCGGUUCGUCAAUCCCAGCCCCUGCAACGUGUGGUCGAAACAGGGACUUCCAUUGAGACUCCAAAGACGGUAGACAGUCAGCUCACAAUCAAAGAUGUGGCAUCUGCUUCUACAUCGACUCUACCCACGUCUGUAUCUUUGGCCCCCAACACGACUAACGCAUGCGAUCCUCAAAUAGCGGACAUGAAUGCUAAGGAUUCAACAACCUGA